UCAGAGAUAAUUUAUUGACCGUACAGUCGCAAUCUAUCCGUGGUGACAUAGACUCCUAACAAUACAAGCCAAGAGGCUCAAAAAUGAUUUUAAUUUUAUCAUUAUCAAUAUUGUUAGUUUAUUCUAGUGCAUUACCUAAUGGCAACAGAGGAGGAGCAUUGGACACUUCAUUUAUUGAUACCAUCGCAGCCUCAAUAAGGAAGCACAAAGAUAAUGCCGAUACGCAGAACGUUGUAACCGUACCACCAAACUGUCCAGAGGGCCAAGUUCUAGUAAAUGGGGUUUGCCGUGAUAUAUGGAGGACGAGAGUCAACUUCCAAACGUAUGUCAAUGGGAAUCCUGAGAGCCACAACGUAGUUGUAGUACCACCUAACUGUCCUCCUGGCCAAACAUUAGUCAAUGGGGUUUGCCGUGACAUAUGGAGCGCAGGAAUAAAGCCGCAAAUGUAUUUCAGUGAAUAUGUUGAUAACCAAAACGUAGUCGUCGUACCACCUAACUGUCCGCCUGGCUAUGUGCUAGUCAAUGGGGUGUGCCGUGAAGAAUGGAACAGAGAAAGCAAGACGACGCAUUUCAGUGAAUAUGCUGACAACAAAAAUGUAGUCGUCGUACCACCCAACUGUCCGCCUGGCUAUGUACUAGUCAAUGGGGUGUGCCGUGAAGAAUGGAACUUUGCGUUGGAUAUCAAGUUUCCAACAUUUAAACUGGAAUGUCCAUUAGGCUAUGCAUUGAUAGCUGGCUUGUGUAUAGACCAACGAAGAAACGUAAUUACGGUUCCCAAUAAUUGUCCAGAAGGCCAAGUUUGGUUCAAUGGAGCAUGUCGUGAUGUUUGGAGAGCACUAGAUGUAAAAGUAUCUCCUGAAACACGUUAAACAGAAAAGGUUCUCUUCAAAAUUCGUCAAGUUCGAAUGAAUGAUGAACAGAAAUAAUUACUUAAAUAAUAAAUAACCAUAUGAAAUUAAA